CUGGUUCCAACAUGUGAAUUCAGCAAACUAGAAACAAACCCUCUCUCUCUCUCUCUCUCUCUCUCUCUCUCUCUCUCAAUGAUGUUGCUAGUUUCUCCAGCAUCCACCUCCCUAUUAUCAAACCCACUUCAAAGCUUCCAUGCCACAUACAAAACAACAUCAACCAGAUUGCAAGCCCCAGCCAAGGUCUUAGCCAUGGCAAAGCAAACCAGCGACGACAGCAGCAGCAGCACCAUUGCAGAGAAAGCAGCCAUAGCAGGAGGCCUAGUCUCCACCCCAGUGAUUGGCUGGUCACUCUACACCCUCAAAACAACCGGCUGUGGCCUGCCGCCCGGACCCGGUGGCUCCAUCGGUGCCCUUGAAGGCGUGAGCUAUUUGGCUGUCCUGGGAAUUGUAGGGUGGUCCUUGUACACCAAAACCAAAACUGGCUCUGGCCUCCCUAAUGGCCCUUUUGGCCUUUUGGGUGCUGUUGAAGGUCUCUCUUACUUGUCUUUGCUCUCCAUUUUGGUGGUGUUUGGGCUCCAAUUUUUUCAGCAGGGCUCCAUUCCAGGACCCCUCCCCAGUGACCAGUGCUUUGGAUGAUGUGGGAUUAUCGGCCACCAUAAUUCUAUCUUGUGUUUGUGGACGUGGUUUGGUCCAAUUAAUGUGUCCUGCUUUUCAAGUACUAGUACAAUGUUAAUUUGUAUCUAUAAGAAAUUCCAUGACAAUGUUUUUCCAAAAUUUUCCUUCUUCUUUGAUCUUUUAACCCAUUCAGU